ACCAACCAAUGUCAACUACCGUUGUCAGCAGGUACGAAGGCCUGGGUCAAAUGAAUGAGGCGCGUGCGAUUGCUUUUCCCGUGUUUUUGUCGCCAUGGCUACCAAACGCAACAUGUUUCUAAAAACAAAAACAACCAAGCAUUCAUUAUUUGUUGGCUGGUGUAUCGAAUCACCUCCAUCCGACGAACUCUCCAGUGUCACGGGCGGUUGUGGGAGGGGCUUGUACCACGUGAUUCCCCCCCUGACGCGUCAGUUUGGAUGUGCGGAUGCGUCGUUUCUCUGGAGCGUUGAUGUUGGCGGAAGAAAAGCAGGAAUGAAUCGGUGCCAAGAACCAGGACAAGGUGCGGAGGAGCAGCAGCAGGAGGAGGAGGUGACCGGGAUGGUUUGUCAGGAGGUGGACCUGAGAGAUGGACAGAUGAAGGAAGUGACCGUGGGGGACCAGAAGGUGUUGCUUGUUCGCACUCGGGGUCAGUACAGCGCCGUCGGAAGCCAGUGUUCUCAUUACAACGCUCCCCUUGUCAAAGGGGUGCUGGUUGGUGACCGAGUGAGAUGUCCCUUUCACGGUGCUUGCUUUAAUGUCAGAACUGGAGAUAUCGAAGAGUAUCCCGGUCUGGACUGUCUGCCUAGUUAUAAGGUGAAAGUUGAGGAUGGCAAGGUGUAUGUUUCCAUCCACAAAAAUUCUCUGAAGUUAACGAAGCGCGUGAAGGAAAUGUGCACCAGGGUGCCGGACAUCAAACACACUACUCUGCUGAUCGGAGGCGGCCCGGCCUCGCUCGUGUGUGCUGAAACACUGCGCCAAAACUGCUACCAAGGUCGAAUCGUCAUAGUAACCAAAGACAGCCUGCCCCCGUUUGACAAGCCCAAACUGAGUAAGGCUUUGGAUCUGGACAGCGGCAGCAUUCUCCUCCGUCCAGGUGACUUCUACCAGCAGCAUGGGGUUGAGGUGUGGACACGGAAGGAGGUGGUGUCGGUGGACCCGGCGGAGAAGUCGGUGAAGUUGAGUGACGGCUCGCUGCAGCGUUACGACCAACUUCUCAUCUCGACCGGUUGUAGGGCGCGACCGCUCGACUGCCCCGGUUGGGACCUGCAGGGCGUGAAGUUGCUGCAGAGACACGAAGACGCCAAUGAGAUUCACCGCUCCGCUCUGGGCCAGAAAGCUGUUGUGAUCGGAGCCUCCUUCAUAGGUAUGGAGGUGGCCUCCUACUUAUCCAACACAGCUGCCAGUGUGGCCGUGGUCGGCCCGUCCAGAUACCCCUAUGAACGAUCUCUGGGGCCGCAGAUCGGCCGGAUGAUUAUGCGAAUGUUGGAGGAAAAAAAUGUAAAGUUUUACAUGACUGACGCCGUCGAUGAGAUCCAAGGGGAGAACGGCAAGGUGACGGGGGUGCUGCUGAAGAGUGGUAUCGUCCUGGAGGCAGAUGUGGUGAUUGCCGGAAUUGGCGUAAUUCCCAAUUCAGACUUCCUGGCAGGAAGCGAGUUGGAAGUGGACUCAAGGAAAGCUGUGAUUGUUGACAAGUUCAUGAGGACCAACAUUCCAGAUAUCUUUAGCGCUGGAGAUGUGACCUCUUUCCCUCUGACCAUUCGUGGAGACCAAAGGGUCAACGUGGGUCACUGGCAAAUGUCCCAAGCUCAAGGAAGAGUAGCUGCCUUAAACAUGCUGAAGAAACCAACCAAAUGUGAGUCUGUUCCUUUCUUCUGGACUGUGUUACUCGGGAAGAGUAUCCGCUACACAGGCUACGGCGAAGGAUACACAGAAAUCCUCUUCAAAGGCAACGUGGAGGAAAGGAAGUUCCUGGCGUUUUACAUCAAGGACGAGGUGGUGGUGGCGGCGGCCAGCCUGAUGUUCGACCCUGCCGUGGCUCGUGUCGCAGAACUGAUGGCGACUGGUCAGAUAAUAUCGAAGGCUCAGGCCCAAGCUGAGGACCUGAGCUGGCUGCAGAUGUAACCAGAUGUCUGCGGUAUGAAAACGCCCCUCAGUGACAAAGGAGGAUGGCGCAUUCCCUUCCUCGCUGGAACUAUGGCUCGACUAAAAGUGGGUCGUCCAAAUGGUCACAGUCUGGGAAUAUCAUUAGCCACUUUACUUAGAUAAAUACAAAAUAUGUUUUACUCAUAAACAGUCAAUUUAAAAGUAUAGACAUUGUUAAAUAAUAGUAAUUAUCGACCUUAAAUAUUCUGAAAAGAAAUGAACCGCUCUGCUUGUUUUAGUUACUAUGGUACAAUAAAUUUGAGUAACAUAAAAAAUAAAUCAAAAAUAUAAAGGUCAGUUACAACUCUGCAAUUAACAAAUACAUUAAUAAACAGGUUAUUAGCAUUGAACCUAUUUAACUUCUUAAAGCACUUUGUGUAAUCUUAGAUAUAUUUUACCUUAUGCUGGAUACUUUGUGAGAUAACUUAAACUCGGGUAUUAAAUAAAUCUGAUUGUAUAUCCUGUCAUCAGCUGCAGUACGUGUUUUCUGUCUUAACCCUGUGUAAUGACAAUAAACCAUUAGUCACCAGUAGAAA